CAAAAACGGGCAGAAGUAGUCAGACAAGAAGUAACAACAAUGGAGACGGACGAUAAGAUAAUGGAAAAUUAAACGUUAGCUAGCUAGCUAGCUAAUUAGCGAACCCAGCAAUCAACGGUCAGCUUGAACAGUUGAAGUUAAAAAGUUGAAGUUUAACUUUGUUGUUUCAAAUCAACUACGCCAGAUAUGGCAACUUUUCGAUUCACCGUCCAAAGUGCGAAAAAGUUGUGGUUUCUGAAGUGAGCAAGUUACUGUGCCUUUAUCUGUAAAACGAAGUGGGUGUCUGCGUGAAACGCCAUAGAGGUAGACAGAGUGACUCAUUUAGUAUCUUACGUUCAGUGACCGGUUUGGUAAUGGGAGAAGUGUGUGUGCGGGUUGUGGUUCGGGUCAGACCGCUGCUUCCCAAAGAGGUGCUCCACAACCACCAGCUGUGUGUGCGCGUGGUGCCCGACACCGCCCAGGUGAUGCUGGGUAGCGACCGAAUCUUUUCUUUUGACCACGCCUUUGGACCGACCGCACAGCACGGUCAGAUUUACAAGUCCUGUGUCAAACCUCUGGUGGCAUCUCUAGUUGACGGCAACAAUGCUACAGUGUUCGCCUAUGGACAAACCGGGUCUGGAAAGACAUACACUCUUGGUGGGGGACAUGUAGCAUCUCUGCCGGUGGAGGAGAGUGGGAUCAUUGGUCGGGUUGCAGCGGAUCUGUUUGUGCUCCUGGGGGAGAGGAGGGCUGCGGACGCCAGGGCUGCAGUAGACGUUAGGGUGUCCUACAUGGAACUGUACCAGGAGGAGCUCAGGGACCUGCUGGAGCUCCACACUGCACACAAGGAGCUGCACAUCAGAGAGGAUGACAGGGGCAACACUGUGGUAGUUGGGGCCAGAGAGGCUGUGAUUACCUCAGCUGAGGAGUUGCUGAGCGUCCUUGAGGCUGGCAAUGCCAUGAGGCACACUGGCCACACUCAGAUGAACGAGCGCUCCAGCCGCUCUCACGCCAUCGUUACCCUACAGCUGAUGCAGCAUCACCACGACAAUGGCUCCGUCCGCUCCUCUAAACUCCACUUGGUGGAUCUGUCCGGGUCAGAGCGGGCUGCACGCACCGGGAACACAGGCCUGCGCCUCAAAGAGUCCGUCCACAUCAACACCGGCCUGCUGGCGCUGGGCAACGUCAUCCGCGCACUCUCCAACCCCCAUCGCCGCCGCAACCAUGUGCCAUACCGCGACGCCAAGAUCACGCGCAUCCUCCGGGACUCACUGGGUGGCUCCGCCCACACACUGAUGGUGGCCUGCGUCAGCCCUUCUCACCACAGUGUCACAGAGACACUGAGUGUGCUGCAGUUUGCCUCACGGGCACGCCACGUGAAGAACCAGCCUGGGUUGUGUCCUGCCAGGGCGUGUCCGGGCUGGCACCCUGAAGAGGCUCGUGUGGGGGAGCUGGAGCAGGAGGUCCAGACUCUGAGAGACGCACUGAGAGAGAAGGAUAAGACAGGGGGAGGGAUUGCUUUGACUGACAGCACCAAACAGGCCACUCAGGAGGAGCGUGAUGACAGGGGGAUGGACCUAGUGGAGGAGUCCCAGUACCGCUGCCUUGCACAGGACGCUGCCUUCCUAUUGGAGGAGCUCCAGAGUUCCACCCAGAGUCCUGUUCUGCAGCAGCGUUUGCAGGAAUGGCUGGAGAGACACAGGGAGCUUAGCCACUCCGGCCACACUGACUAUCAACAACCUGUGGGGGAUGCAGGGGAUGAGCCUCACCAGAUCACCAUCCUCCAGCUCAGACGUGAGCUCAAGAACUGCCAGGAUACUCUGGCUAUAGACAAGCAGGUGUUUGACCAGAGGGCAUCUGAGCUGCAGCAGGUGCAGAGGCAGGUGCAGACACUGCUACAGGAGAAAGAGACACACCUCCAGUCCUUACAGGAGGAGAGGGAGCACAGACGCAUACAGAUGGUGGAGCAGCAGCUAAUAAUAGAUCGUCUCCGUGGUGAUCUCCUGACCUCCAGGAUGAGAGCCUCGCUGGACACUGGAGCUUCUAGGAAGUCAGCAAGGAGACCUCACAGUGUUCCCCUGAUCAGCCAGGGCCAAGGCAAUGGUGGUACGAGGAAGAUCCAUACUAGUCCUCCGGCCUGUUCAUUGGAGAGGGUAAUGGCUGCCUUUAAGACCCGCAGUCAGCUGCUGCUGACUCAGAUAGAGGAGAGAGACGAGGUCCUCUGCCCUCAAAAAACACAGAAGGAAAGGAGGGAAGAUGAGGAGGAGCUGGGGGGGAGAAGGGUAUUCAGGCGCUCUAUGAACCACACAUGGACAAUCAGACAGAUUCCAGCCUGCUUUGGCCAGAACCAGGCACAACAUACUAGUUUGGACCAGAUUCAGGACGGGCUCCAGUUACUUCACCCGUCAGAACGCCCUACAGACCGGCCUGUGCCUUCUAUAUGGUGCAAGGAGCGCAGAGUGAGGCGGAGGCAGACGGUGAACCUGCAGCGCUUAAAGACGGCGGAGACACAGAGCAGGGCUAGCCUGCAGACCAGUGGCUCCAGGAAUCUGCACAGGACCAAGGACCUGAGGACAGACAACAAGGCUGUCUUUCAAAAUGGAGACUGCAAAGACUCAGAGGAAAAGCUGUCUGAGAGACGUGCGUGGCUGGAGCAAGAGGAGGAGCGUGCUCUGCAGAGGAGAAGGGGCCUGCAAGAGCUGGAGGAGGAGCUGAGGCGCAGAGAAGAGGUGCUGCAGCACCGAGAGGCCUGUGUCCAGGAGAGGAACCAGCUGCAGAUCAAGAGGCUUCGCUCCAGCCAGGCUCUGAGUCAGGACUUGCUGCGAGUGUCGGCUCGUCUGGGAGAUCUGGAUCAGGAGCUUGAGGAGAGAGGAGGGGUAGAGAGGCGACGGUCCUCCUCUGCAGCGGGGCUGUGUGGAGCGUCCAUGGAGGAGCUGCUGAAGGAGAGAGAGAGCCUGUGUCAGAGGAGGGACACGCUGGACACACAGCUGAGGGACGGCAGGGUGCUCACGCAAGAGGAGGAGCAUGCUCUGCUGCAGUUGGAGGAGGCCUUGGAGGCGCUGGAUGCUGCAGUAGAGUUUAAGAACCGUUCCAUCCAGGAGAGACAGAGAGACCUCAGGGACACUUCUAACUCCGCCCACGGAGACGACGACAAUGAUGUCAUGAGGGCGCUGAGAGAGCUGUCACUUCCAGAGGCCUCGGCGCUGUUGGUGAAAUACUUCAACAAGGUGCUGUGUCUGCGGGAGUCGGAGCGGCAGCUGCAGCUGCGCUGUGAGGAGCUGCAGCUGCAGAGUGGAGAGCAGGAGGCGGCGACCAGGGAGUUGGAGGCAGCUCUACAUCGCCUCACUCUGGACACAGACCGCCGGCUCACUGAGCAGCAUCAAGAGCACCAACACAGCAUACAGCUACUAAUGCAGCAGGUCCGAGAGGGUGGCUUAGGGGACAGUGAUCAGGCGGUCCAGGCUAGGCUGCAGCAGCUGGAGAGAGACCUGUUCUUCUAUAAGAGCUCCAGCCGUGAGCUGAAGAGGAAGCUCAGAGAGCUGGUCACAGACUCCCUCCCCCCCCAGGCUCCAGACCUGCAGGGCAGUAAGGAGGCCAGUGACGGAGCAGGGGACAGCCCCAGCCUGCAGACUCCCAGAGUGGAGCUGGCCCCUGUCCGUCUGUCCUGUAGAGAGCUGAGGCAGAGCUCACCCUCUGACUUCUGCAGCACUAGGGGGCACUCUGCCUUGAAGGCCAGCAGAGGCUCAUUCCAGGAGGACUCCAUCGAAGUGCCCAGAAACACUGACUGACCACGAGGCUCGAGCACAUACUGACCACUUCUUUCCUCCGUCCACACUAAUCUAGAAGAACAGGUUAGGUGAAACUAAGGGCUCUAUUCAAUCAGAUCCGCUUUAGCCAACAUCCGCAUAGUGGUUGUUUUGGCAGAGGUGGAACUGUGUUAGAGCUGUCAAAUCCACAAGUGGCUCAGGACAUUCUACCUAAAGCUGGACAUUAACAUUAGCUGCAUGGAAUCACAUUAAGUCAUCCCAUGCAGUCAAGUUCAAACACUGGAAUAUGAGAUGUAAUCUACACUUCGAUUAGGAUGAUAGAAAUCCUCAUGAUUUAGUUUAAUGAUUUUUCAAUUUGA